AUGGCUGGUGCCACGGCAGCGGCUAUAUCCAAGACUGUUAUAGCUCCAGUGGAACGAGUUAAACUGAUUCUUCAGCUCCAAAACUCACAAACAACGCUAGCUCUAGAAAAUAGGUACAAAGGAAUUGUCGACUGCUUUAUCAGAGUACCCCGAGAGCAAGGAUUUCUAUCGUUUUGGAGAGGCAAUUGGGUUAAUAUACUAAGAUCUUGUAGUCAGGAAUCACUAGGAUUAUCAUUCAAAGAAUUUUUCCGAAAGUACAGCUUGGAAGGAGUCGACCCAAAAACACAACAUUCCAGAUGGCUGAUAGGUAACCUAGUAGCCGGUGGAGGUUCAGGAUGUGCCACUCUUGCGACAAUCUAUCCUUUAGAUUUCAUAAGGACGAGGCUGGCAAUUGAUCUGGGAAAAAGAAAAUCUGACCGAGAAUUCACUGGAAUGUUUGAUUGUGCUCGAAAAAUUAUUAAAAGUGAUGGAAUCCCUGGAUUGUACAAAGGCCUGAUUCCUUCGCUUCAAUACAUGAUCAUAUAUCGAGGAGCCUAUUAUGGACUUUUCGAUACUACUGCUCCUUAUAUGAAUAGUGAAGGAAAGAUGACAUUCACAGAAGCAUUUCUUGUCGGACAAGUUGUUACUCUAAUCGCUGCAAUGACUUCGUAUCCCCUGGAUACUGUAAGGAGAAGGCUGAUGAUGGGUGCUGGAAAGAAAACUCUACCCUUCCACAACACUAUAUCGUGCUUCAAAUAUAUCUACACGAAAGAAGGACCUAAAGCAUUCUUUCAUGGAGCUCUCGUGAAUGCGAUCCGUGGAACAGGAGCAGCAUUGGUUUUAGCAAUUUACAACGAAUUGCAAAAAUACAUGUAG